UAUAAAUGUAUCGGAUUCUACAGUAUUCUCAACCCAGCUACAAUCAUCUGCCAACCAAGGCUGCGCUUCACUAAAAAUAGUUGGGAGUAAACUCUCACACACUAAGGUGAGUAUUGGGUUCUCCUAUGCUAUGCCUGAAUCCAAGAAGAAGAUUGUUCUGGAAGAUACUAAAACCGUCGCUACAUACAGUCCCCUGUCUCACAUAUUUCCUGCCUCUGGUGAAACUGUCAUUGCUGUUGAGAGUACUGUUCAGAUAGUUUGGACCGGAGGUCCUCAACCUUGGCCCCUGGACCCCUCAAACCAUUUCAGGACUCUUGGUAAAGAUCAGGAAAACAUGGUACGUGUGAGUACAGUGAAGGAGGGAGGUGGAGUUUAUGUGUAUAAAGUUGAAUGUUUAGCUCUUGGAGAAACUUCAGUUACUCUUCGUGUUGGAAACCGACCUAGUAGUACACUUCCUAAACCUGAAGUCAGCACCUCCACUGUUAAGAUAAUUUGUGGAACCCCCGCCAGUAUUCAUCUUACCCCUGAGAUACACGGACCUACUGGUCUACCCCCUUGCCCAGCUAGUGCUAGGGCCGGUCGGAUUGCAACCCAGGCAUACAGAAAUCUUGAUAUUGGCGUCACGAUAAAAGACGGCCAGGGACGAAUCUUUGACGGAGUUGAAAGUGUUACUUUAGACUGGAAGCUAUCAGACAAUGCCUUGGCUAAACUAGGAAGUAGCACGGGAGUUCUCAGGACAAAACAGGUUGACUGGCUGGUGCAGCCUGCCCGCCCCUAUCAGACCCUGCUGGUCAACUCUAGAACUGGUAACCUGGACGUGUUGGUGAGCCUACCCAAGACCGGGUUCCUGUCCAGCUCCGCCGGGUCGGACCAGAUCCUACUCAACCUGGUCCAGGAUGCAGGGAUCGAACCUGAAUCCGUCACCAUCUUUCAUCAUAAUAAGAAGCAGGCAGUUGCUGCUGCAGUUCAAGGAAGCGGAUAUUUUAAACUUUACGUUAAACAUGAAGGUCUUGCAGUUGCAAACUACCAGCCUGAAAACCGGAGUAUAAGUGUAACACCAACCCAGCCCGGGACUACAAAUAUUAUUUUAAAGGAUCUCUGUCUAUCUGCUGAGAAGGUUGCUCAGACGUCCUUGACCAUCAGAGGUGUGGUUAGAGUUGAACUGGAUGUUAUUGACAAAAUCGAACAGGGUAAAGAAGUUACUGGAACUGUGCGUCUGUAUGCUGCUAACAACAAGCUUCUUGAAGACGAUAUUCUGCAGUACGUUUCACUUUCUCUGACAACUCCUGCGGAUAUUGUCAGUGUCGGUGACGUAACUGGGUUAUCUCCUGUUAUCUCUGGAUCUAAACUUGGAAUUACAACAGUCACAGCAACCGUCUUAUAUCAUGGAAUUCAGGUUUCCAGUUCUCCUGCUAGUAUCGAAGUGUUUCCACCCUUGAGAAUCGAACCCACGAAUAUUACAUUAAUAAUAGGAGCCGCAUUCCAGGUUUUAACCACUGGUGGUCCUACAGACGCCCUCAUUCAGUAUUUUCUCAGUGAUGAAGAUAUCGGGGUAGUGAGCUCUGACGGCCUAGUUACUGCUGGAACCCUUGGUUCUACUAAGCUUAUAGGUCGAGCUGUUGGUAAGUUAAGCUCUGGUGUUGAUGUAGAGUACACGAGGGAUUCUGUUUUAGUUCACGUGGUUCCACUCUCCGCUAUCAGACUUGAAGCUGCCACUAAGAAAAUAGUGAUUGAUGGAUCUGUUCCCAUCUAUUUGUUGGGUCAGGACGAUAAUAUAAACAGCUACAGUAUCCUCUCUGCGAUUCCUCAUCUUCAUAUUUCAUGGAGUGUUAAAGGUUUAGUUGAUGGAGGAAAGCUGGUCACAACUCUAGAUUCUACAGGACUCAAAUUAUCUCAUGAUAACGCAGGCGUCGCUAUCUUCCAAGGAGUCUCAGCUGGCAAAGCAGUUGUAUCAGUUACUGUCAAGAUCAGCUCCAAAAGCCGUAACUCCCAUUUCCAGCUGCUCCAAGAUAAGGAGCUCACCGCGACACUGGAGUUAUUGGUAGUUGACCGUCUAGAGGCCAAGCUACCUGUGUCCUGCAUAAACCAUGUUCUCGUAUCUCCAGAGGCAAGCCUACUUCUAGCUACGAAUAAGAACGAGAAGACAGUAUAUUCUGUUGUCGGAGAAUCUAGUGGUUUUAGUGUAUCCAGGAGGGGUUUAAUCACUGCUCCAAGGAAUACUGGAACCACGGUGGUGAUGGGAUCUGUUACAGAAGACGGAGGACUACGUCAACAGACCAGCUGGGUGGUAGAGGUAGUGCCAGUUCAUUUUAUCACCCUGGAGUCCACACAUUCCUCCUGGACCCUGGCUCAAGAUGCAGAAUAUCUACCCAGGGGGGCGAACUUAGAUAUAAAGGUGAACUGUUUUGAUAUUCUUGGAAGAAAAUUACAUGCUUGUCCCGUUGAUAUAAUCUCUAGACCAUCCAGAUUUGAUCUGAUCAAGAUGGUUCCUGCUUCUAACAACUCGUUCACUUUAACAACACAAGGAAACGGAUAUACCGUUCUUAGAGUUCAAGAUAGAUUGAAUAGUAAAGUUGCCUGGUCUAGUCUGAAGGUCGGAGAAGCUGUGUUAGCCCCUCAUACAACGGCACAAGGAGACGUUGUUGAUUUUGAUCUAAUGAUUAAACAUACGGGAGAAGGUAAGUGGAGUGAUGACCCAUCUGGAAUUCUCGAUAUAUCCGGUAAAACCGGUUCUGUGGUUGGAUCUGGGAAUGUCAGGGUUAAAUACACUACUCCAGAUGACGGGGUCUUCUUUACAGACGUUCUUGCCAAAGGUGCUGAUCAUAUCAAAAUCGGAGAGACAACUACAUUGUGGCCCAGCCCUUCUCCGAUCCAGAUUCCAGUCAGAUUUGGUUCCGGUUCCCAAGUAUCCAGUUUAGCACUAAGUGAAAAGAAUGUUAAUCCGAAGAAUAUGUUCAGUUGUAGAGCAAGCUGGGAGAUGGGACCGAUAGAGCAAGUGUUCAGGGUGACCCCAAGGUUGACCGCUGAAGGUUGGAGUUGUGAAUUCACCUGUAUCAGUAAGAAUACUCCGACAACACCUUUAACGGUGUCCCUAGUGGUGGAGUCAGUACAGGGUGGACUGGUUGGAGAGAAAUCACUCUUCUUCUUCCCUACCUUUAAUGUAAACACACUAAACCUGGAGAUAGGUCCAGAUGGGGGUUUUCUCUUGGUGUCAGGCCAUUUUGAAGUUCUCAGCAACUUGAUAUCUAAAGGAGAGGGAGUACACGUCGGUCCUGCCUGGUUAGAGGAGGAGAUGUUUAAACUACCAGUUCUUCUCAAGUUUCCAAUUGUUAAAGAACCCACGGUAUCGAUCUUAUGUACACUGACUGGUCAGGAGAUUGAAGUUGUAGUUCAGCCAACCUUCAGGUUUAGCGGACAGUCCGGUGGAUUCCUUUCAGAUAUAUUCAGGGAUAUUAUGGUCCACUACCAGACUGUGUUGACCUGCCUGGUUCUGGUUGCACUAUCUAUCUAUCUACUUCGCCCUGGAACUAAACCACCUCCAGCCCCAGCUCCGCCCCCAGCCAAACCUGUAGACUCCCCUUCCGCCUCCCCCUCACCUCAACCCUACCUCUGGACACAGGAUAACUCUCCUAUAUAUGGGAGUCCUAUCUACAGACGAUCUCCUCAGUCUCAGGCCAGAAACCUGACUCAAUACUCGUACUCAUAAACCUGAAGUACCAACCUACCUCCGAUCAUUUAUGUGAUAACAAGAAUCAAGUGUGUUGCUCAGUUAUACUAAUUUCUAUCGCCAAAGUAAAUGAAAAUAAUGAAAGCCACUUUCUUAAUCUUAAUUUGUAAAUUCGAUCGUGUCAAAGUUCUUGAGGCAGAAUUAAAAAUAAUAAUCGUUGUUUUCGGAUGUAUCAUAAGAGUAAGUUGUAAAAAUUAACUACUGUAAAUUCAUUCAGCAAUUAUUGGUGUUGAUGUACUUAGUACUAAUAAAUUAUUUUUUCGGCU